AGCGUCUUCACCUUUACCGAAGCCGCGAACUGACCAACUACUUUUCAACUUUCUUCUACUCUUUUUAUUAUGCGUGAGUGUAUCUCUAUCCAUGUCGGCCAGGCCGGUGUUCAAAUUGGUAAUGCCUGCUGGGAGCUGUACUGUCUCGAGCACGGCAUCCAGCCUGAUGGUCAGAUGCCCUCGGACAAGACCAUUGGUGGUGGCGACGACUCCUUCAACACCUUCUUCUCUGAGACUGGUGCUGGAAAGCACGUUCCCCGUACUGUGUUUGUCGACCUUGAGCCAACUGUUGUUGAUGAGGUCCGUACUGGCACUUAUCGUCAGCUGUUCCAUCCUGAGCAGCUGAUUACCGGAAAGGAAGAUGCUGCCAACAACUAUGCUCGUGGUCACUACACCAUUGGCAAGGAAAUCGUAGAUCUGGUUCUCGAUCGUAUCCGAAAACUUGCCGACAACUGUACUGGUCUGCAAGGUUUCCUUGUCUUCCACUCCUUUGGUGGUGGUACUGGUUCUGGUUUUGGUGCUCUGUUGCUCGAGCGUCUUUCUGUCGACUAUGGCAAAAAGUCCAAGCUGGAGUUUUCCGUGUAUCCCGCUCCUCAAGUGUCCACUGCUGUUGUUGAGCCCUACAACUCUAUCCUGACCACUCACACCACCCUUGAGCACUCUGACUGUGCCUUCAUGGUUGAUAACGAAGCCAUCUACGAUAUCUGUCGCCGCAACCUUGACAUUGAGCGUCCCACUUAUACCAAUCUCAAUCGUUUGAUUGCUCAGGUUGUGUCGUCCAUCACUGCUUCGCUUCGUUUUGAUGGUUCUCUCAAUGUCGAUUUGACCGAGUUCCAGACCAACUUGGUUCCCUAUCCCCGUAUCCAUUUCCCACUGGUUACCUAUGCUCCCGUCAUUUCCGCCGAGAAGGCUUAUCACGAGCAACUUACUGUUGCCGAGAUUACCUACUCGUGCUUCGAGCCUGCUAACCAGAUGGUUAAAUGUGAUCCCCGUCACGGAAAAUACAUGGCUUGCUGUCUUCUUUACCGUGGUGAUGUUGUCCCCAAGGACGUCAAUGCUGCCAUUGCCACCAUCAAGACCAAGCGUACCAUUCAGUUUGUUGAUUGGUGUCCAACUGGUUUCAAGGUUGGUAUCAACUACCAGCCACCUACUGUUGUUCCUGGUGGUGAUCUUGCCAAGGUUCAGCGUGCUGUUUGCAUGUUGUCCAACACCACCGCCAUUGCCGAAGCAUGGGCUCGUCUCGAUCACAAGUUCGAUCUCAUGUACGCCAAGCGUGCCUUUGUUCACUGGUAUGUUGGUGAAGGUAUGGAAGAGGGUGAAUUUUCCGAGGCUCGUGAGGAUCUGGCUGCUCUUGAGAAGGACUACGAGGAGGUUGGUACCGACUCUGUUGAGGGUGAGGAAGAAGAGGCUGAGGAGUAUUAGAUGCUGCCACCUCAAUGUUACCCGAUUUUACAAAUGAAGUUUUAAUUCGUUCGUAUCUGGU